GGUGCGUGCGCAGUGCCGGCGGGGGUGGCGACAGUCAUGGCGGCUCGGUGCGUGAGGCUGGCGCGGCACAGCCUCCCAGCUUUGGCGCUGUCUCUCAGACCCCCCGCUCGGCUGCGGUGCACGGCCCUGACACAGAAGAACAGCGGCCAGACCGCGGAGGAGGACGUGGGUCAGAGCGAACAGAAGGCGGACAGCCCGUCUCCAGAGAAGACACUCAGGGACGAGAAGGCCAGGCUAGAAGAGCAGCUCAAGGAGACUGUGGAAAAAUAUAAGCGAGCUUUGGCAGACACCGAGAACUUGAGGCAGAGGAGCCAAAAAUUGGUGGAGGAGGCAAAAUUAUAUGGCAUCCAGGGCUUCUGUAAGGACUUGCUGGAGGUCGCGGACAUCUUGGAGAAGGCGACGCAGAGUGUCCCAAAGGAGGAGGUUAAAGACGACAAUCCUCAUCUGAAGAAUCUCUACGAGGGUCUCGUAAUGACUGAGGUGCAGAUCCAGAAGGUGUUCACGAAGCACGGCUUGCUGCGGCUGAACCCCGUGGGGGCCAGGUUCGACCCUUACGAGCAUGAGGCCCUGUUCCAUACGCCGGUGGAGGGGAAGGAGCCCGGCACGGUGGCGCUGGUCAGCAAGGUGGGGUACAAGCUGCAUGGGCGCACCCUGAGACCCGCCCUGGUGGGGGUGGUGAAGGAGGCUUAGCGGCCUCGCGAGGGCUUCUGUGGGUUCUUUGUAAUCACUUGCUGUAACUCUUGAAAAGCUGGUUCAUCUUCCCUAUGAGUAUUUUUGACCCUUCCCCAAUCCUUGUUGGAAAGCUUUAGUAACCAGUGGCUAAACAGAAAAUUAAGCCGGUUGCGCAGAUGCGUGAAUGAACUUGAAUUGGGGAGUCUGUUCGUUGAUUUUUAUACACCUUUAAUCGCUCCACACGCUUAGAGAACAGGCCGGCGGGACACGACUGGACCCUAGAGUGUCAGGAAUCACGCUCUAGCUGCUCAAAGCCUGGCGACGUCCAAGUACCAUAAAUGAGUCCAAUGUCUUCGGGAACCCCACGGUUGGGCUGGCUGGCCAGCCAGCCUCGCCGGGCCCUCCGGCACACUGUGGCACGCGGGGUCCUGGGUGCUCAGCCCGUACCUUCAUCCAGUGAAGGGAAGGCGAGAGCCAAGCGUAUUCCUUCCUGCUCAGAAAAAUUUCCCCAUGCCCUCGCUGGAGAACAUACAUGA